ACAAUAAUCUUAUUGUUAGCAAGAAAUUGAUAUUAAAUAUGCUUACGGAAUAUGCUAUGUAGAAAUUUAAGAUAUUUUCAUUUUAUAGCUCUUUCUCUUUCUUUCAUUUUACUUAAUGUUAGAAAGUAAAAUGCUUCUCUUACUGAUAUUGAAAGGAAACAAAGAAACAGAAAUACGAGAUUGAAUACACGUUGAUGUAAUAAUGAUUACCGCUUUAAGUUUUUAAAUGUUGAAUGAAUUAUUGAUCUUCUCCAGCAACUAAUAUUAGAGUCUAUAGACAAUACGAGGAAGAAUAAAACCUUAUAUUCGAAAAAUUAUCUUACCUUUCCUCAAUUGAUACUUCAUAUUUUAAUAGAAAAGGUAUAUAUUAAGGUAUAUAUUAAGUUAAUUCACUAGAAUACAUAUUUUCUCCAGUUAUAUCGAAGAUAACUGAUAACAUAUCGACUUUAGAUUUCGCAAGUUUGAACUCAUCGCGUAUUUUAUAAAAGACAUUACACUCUGUGAAAGAAGAAUUAAUAUAUAGAAGCUUGUCAUAGAAAAUCUCGCUAGUUUCUGUAUUCAACUCUGAUAAUUCACUACUAAGGUUUUAAACUGUUUAUUAUAAGUUAAUAUAAUAUCAGUAAUAAUUCUUGACAAGUAAUAAUAGUUUUAGAGUGUUUUUACGCAGUUUAAUAUAAUCAUACAGAAAAGUAUGGUCAUGUGUGUGCGAAAAAGAGUAACACUAAAACAAGUAAUUUCUAUCGUAAAAUUGAGUGUAUUGUUUAUAUGGUUUUGGCCGUUACCACAAAGUUCAAGUAAAUGGAAAGUGUUGUCUAUGAAACUGUAUCAAUAUAGUUCUAUAUUGUUCGCUAUAACUGUAAUGGCACCGAUGCUAUAUUCUGUUAUGAACAAUUUAGAUGAUUCUAAUCAUAUCAUAAAAUCAUUAUUCGCCUUGUUUCCUUGCUGUCAUGUUAUUUGGAACAUCCUAUGCCAUAUCGUUAUUUAUCAACAGUUACAAUUUGUUACUUUUGAAAUGGAGAGAUUUUGUGCACUAAUUAAAUCUCACGAAGAAGCAUGCAUUCAACGAGAAUAUGUUGACAAAUGUGCUCACUUCUAUGGUUUUUGUAUCGUUGUGUUCUAUAUGAGUCUUUUUGCCCUCAUCUUGGGGCCUGUGGUACUAGACCAACCAUUUCCAGUAACCGCAGAGUUUCCAUUCGACGCAUCUCGUCAACCGCUAAGGAUUAUUACAUAUUUACACCAAGUUGUGGUGGGAUUGCAAAUAGCCGCGCAUUUGUGUGUAAAUGCUUAUAUGGCGCUUCUACUUUGGGUAACAUCAGCGAGAUUUAGAUUGUUGACUGAAGAGAUACGAGCAGCUACAAAUAUCUAUGAUUUUAUUAAAUGCAUCAAAAAACAUCAACAAUUACUUCAAUACACAGGAAAAGUAGUUUUUACAGUUCGUCCUUUUGCACUGGGAACUAUAAUGUCUAGUACAAUAUCAGUAAUAAUAUUUGGUCUUCUUUUGAUUACAAGGGGACCGGUAGUACUGAAAAUACAAUGUCUCUUUUUGGCGAGCUGUGCAUUAUUAGAAGUAUUUAUGUAUGCAUGGCCAGCGGAACAUUUAAUUCAAAUAAGUAGUGAUAUCGCACAGACAACAUUUGAAAUGAAAUGGUAUGAAUCAGAACAUUUUCGGAAAAAUUUACAGAUGAUUAUAAUAAGAAGCCAAAAACCAAUACGUAUUGUAUUACCAUGCGGUUUCUCCUCGUUAUCUUUCCGUUAUUAUGCUUCGUAUCUCUCGACUAUAUUCUCCUACUUUACUACAAUGCGGAUAAUGUUCGAAAAACAGAAAGAUGGAGUAUAAACAGUAUAAUGCAUUCUGAUAAUGUUUUAUUUAUAAAAUAUUAUUUUUAUCGCACGUAUAUCAGUAAAUUAUUAUCACAGAUCAAAUUUUUAACACUUGUCAAAAUCAAGUCUGAUGAUUAUUAAAAUCUUACAUGGCUCCCCA